GGUUCAAAGGCUUCCGGGUUCUUCUUGGGAUGGGAUUAACAACACGUAGAAGUCAACAUUUCAUAAAAUAGACAGAUGAUUAAGUUAGAUAAGGACGACGCUGCCAUGCUGAGACAUUUUUACUUUUUAUGAGUGUUGUUCUUGCUUCUAACAUUUUUUUUACAACAACGACGAAGUCUAUAGACUAAAGAACUAAAGUGGAUUACUGCGCCCGAAUCAGAUGAUCACAGCCAUGAUGGCGUCAAGCUACAACGCGAAGGAAGAGGACGGACACCACUCUGGAGCUGCGGGUCACGGUGGAGCGGGCGCUGAUAAAAGUAGAAAACCAGACAACACGGCGUUUAAACAGCAGAGACUCCCCGCCUGGCAGCCCAUCCUCACCGCUGGCACUGUGCUCCCUGCCUUCUUCGUUAUCGGGCUAAUUUUUAUCCCCAUCGGCAUCGGCCUGUACGUCACCUCAAACAACAUCAAAGAGUUCGAGAUCGACUACACAGGUGUUGACAGUAAGAGCGAAUGUUAUGCCUGUGCCAGGAAUUUCAGCUGGAACAGCACAACACCCUGCACAUGCUCCAUGAACUUUACACUGGAGCAGCCCUUUGAGAGUAAUGUAUUUAUGUAUUAUGGCUUAUCCAAUUUCUACCAAAAUCACAGAAGAUAUGUGAAAUCCAGGGAUGACAGCCAGUUGAAUGGGGAUCCGACAGCUUUAAAGGAUCCAAGCAAAGAAUGUGAACCGUAUCGCACAAGCGAGGGCCUGCCUAUUGCUCCAUGUGGGGCCAUUGCAAACAGCCUUUUUAAUGAUACUUUGGAGUUACAUUAUGUUGACUCUAAUGGCACAAAGGUUGAAAUUCCACUGGUAAAGAAGGGCAUUGCUUGGUGGACAGACAAACAUGUUAAGUUUAGAAAUCCCAAUGGAAACACCAACCUCACUGUUGCUUUUCAAGGCACAUCUAAACCUGUGAACUGGGGAAAGCCGGUGUAUGAGCUGGACCCAUUAGACCCAGAGAACAAUGGCUUUAUCAAUGAGGACUUCAUUGUGUGGAUGAGAACAGCUGCUUUGCCCACUUUCCGCAAACUCUACCGCAUCAUUCAGAAGAAGUCCAGCACGACCCCCACGCUCCCCAGCGGCAGAUACAUUCUGUCAAUCACUUACAACUACCCUGUGCUCAGCUUUGAUGGUCGCAAGCGGAUGAUUCUGAGCACAAUCUCUUGGAUGGGAGGAAAGAAUCCUUUUCUUGGAAUUGCUUACAUUACGGUUGGCUCCAUCUGCUUCUUCUUGGGAGUUGUUUUACUGAUCAUUCACCACAAAUAUGACAACCGUAACACCAGUGCUGAUAUUCCAAACUAAGUACUCUGUUCUGCAUGCCCGGGUGGACCAUUAUAGGACCUUAUAUACAGCUGAAUGCGGAUAUACUGGUCUGCAAAUGUAUGUUGUCUUUGCUGAAUGCGCCUCAUGCUAACUUGUGUAAAUUAUAUUUUCAGCUAGAAGGAUGCCAAGCCAGCUGCUAAGAAUGUUAACUUCUGCUUUUUCUAUUGAAAGUUGUACAUUUUAUUUUAGAAACGGUUAUUGAAGGAUUUAUGCAUUUUUUUUUUUUUUUUUUGUCCAGCACUGUACUGCGUCCUGCUGAAGCCUCAUAAAUCCAUAUACCUCUCUUAGGAAAACCAGAAAUAUCUAUAUUGUAGUACUUAAAACACACAUAAUCUAGUUAGGACAGUUUGCUUAUGGCUGGAAAGGAGUCGAUAUUAUAUGCUUGAGCUUGAUGCAGCACGUUGGGAUUAUAGUACUAUUUUCAAAUGUAUCUAAAGUAAUGGUCAGGUAUAACAGAACGUUGACCAAAACACAUGCACUUUUAAGUGUUGUUGUGCAUGUCUAUAAAUUACCAUUUGAGAAAGUUGAAUAAAAGUUAUUCAGCUCUAUUAGUUUGAAAUGCAUUGUGUAAGUCGGGAAGGUUCCAUAAAUAUUUAGUAACCAAAUCUAACUGCAUAAAAAUGUUCACUGUAUUCUGAAUCAUCUCAGAAAGCAGCAAGGUUAAUGGUAGGCUUACCUAGUGUUUACCAGAUAUCCCCACUUUUUUCUUUACUGGAAGUGUUUCAACAUUGCUUUUUUUUUUGUUUUGUUUUUUAAAUCAUCUGUACACCCACCUCAUUAACACUCUUUGUUAAGUUAAACAGCCCUUAAAAGGUCAUUGUUGUGCAUGUAUUUAUCAAUUGAACGAUGUGUGUGGUAUAAUGGUGAACUUUUUUUCUGACGAUGAUUAAAGUAUUUGAGAUAA